AAGAUGACGAGACCUCAAAACAUCCCAGCUGAGCUCGGGCUGAGUCUCGCAGGCAGCCUCUUCGCCUCCCGGUCUCUCGCGUGCCUCGCUGACCCGCUGGUCUGGCUCGUCGCUCUCUUCAGCGCGUCCGUGGGCGUCGGCUCCAUGCUCAUCAACGACUACUUCGACUAUCGCUCAGGUGCGGACGCCUACAAGAGCAACCCGAUGGCAGAGGGGACCGUACAUCCAGAGCAAGCUCUUCUCGCAGCAUCCUCAUGGUAUCUCAUGAGCUUCUUCUUCGCCUGCAUCCUCCUCGAGUCAUUCCAGCUCAGAGCGCUGGUGAGCGUCUCGCUGCUCCUCACCUUCCUCUACACGCCGUUGUUGAAGGGGGUGCUCUUCCUCAAGAACUUGGUCGUCGCUUUUGUCAUCGCCCAGGCGAUCGUUCUGGGUGGUCUUGCUGUUGGAGACGUGAGGAUGCAGAGCACCUUGCUCCCCUCCCUCUACAUGUUCUGCCUCAUCCUAUGGCAGGAAGUCCUCAUGGACAUCCGCGACGUGCGGGGAGACGCGGAGGCUGGCAUCAGAACGAUCCCCGUCGUCCUCGGCUGCAAGUUUGCGGCUCUCCUUGCGCUCCUCUCUGCUGGGCUGGCUGCA